CGCCGAGCUGGCCUCCUAGAGAGGACAGGAAAGGAAGGCGGGCCGCUGCUCCCCCUCCCCCCUCUGACGUCCCUUCCGGCCUGGCCCUCGCCUGCCGGGCUCUGGAUUUGCUGCAGCUUGCAUUAGAACUUGGCAGAGGACCAAGGGGCUCCUUCCGAUCUCUUGGAGACUUCCGGAGAGCCCAGAUGGAUGAGCAAGACUCAGCUGGCCCUGAAGCAGGAAGAGGCCACGCCCAGGAAACUGGGAGUAGUGGGGGAUUCCGGGAAAACUCCGUGCAGAAGAUCCUGGGUGAGGAGGACACCCCUUGCUCAGAGGUGCAGAGCCAGCAGCUCAGUCAGUUCUGCUACCAGGAGGCCAAAGGACCCCGAGAGGUUUGCAGCCAACUCUACCACCUUGACCAUCAGUGGCUGAAGCCAGAAAGGCACACGAAAGCUGAGAUGUUGGACCUGGUGAUCUUGGAGCAGUUCCUGACUGUCCUUCCUCUGGAGGUGGAGAGCUGGGUGAGGGAAUGCGGAGCGGAGACCACUUCCCAGGCGGUGGCCCUGGCCGAAGGUUUCCUCCUGAGUCAGGCAGAGGAGAGGAAGCAGGCAGAGCAGCAGAGGAAGGAUCUUUUGGCAGAAAUGGGUCUUGAUUCUUCUGAGGCAGAGAAGACUCCGCUGGACGCCAGAGUGAGGCCUCUGGGAGACGGAAUGAUGCCACCAAGACCUGCUCCUUCAUCUUUUCAUGGUGGUGGAGGGGAGGCAGCAGCUGUGGACCCAGAUCAGGGUCCAGUGUGCUUUGAAGAUGUGGCUGUCCAUUUCACAGACGAGGAGUGGGCGUUGCUGGAUCCUGACCAGAGAGCUCUCCAUAAGGAAGUCAUGGAGGAGAGUCGUGGGAUCUUGGACUCUCUCGUUUCAGGUGGUGAUGAAUUGGAAAUGAAGAACAAGGGAGACUACAACGAAAUCCACACAGUGGAGGAGCCAUAUCAGGAUUCAGACUGUGGAGAGGGCUUCAGUCAGAGCUCCCAUUCCACUUCCCAUCAAAGAAAUCCCGUUGAGAAGAAACCCUAUCAGUGCUUGGAAUGUGGAAAAAGCUUCACCUGGAAACAGAGUUUGGCUGCCCAUCAAAGAAUUCAUACAAAAGAGAAACCCUAUCACUGCUUGGAGUGUGGAAAGAGCUUCAGUCACAGCCACAAUCUCACUUCCCAUCGUAGAAUUCAUACAGGGGAGAAACCAUAUCACUGCGUGGAAUGUGGAAAGAGCUUCAGUCAGGGCUCCCAUCUCACUUCCCAUCAAAGGAUUCAUACAGGGGAGAAACCCUAUCAGUGCUUGGAAUGUGGAAAGAGCUUCAUGGAAUGUGGAAAGAGGUUCAGCCGGAAAAUAAGUUUCACUUCCCAUCAAAGAAUUCAUACAGGGGAAAACCCCUAUCAGUGCAUGGAAUGUGGAAAGAGCUUCAUUAACAGCGCCACACUCACUUCCCAUCAAAGAAUUCAUACAGGGGAGAAACCAUAUCACUGCUUGGAGUGUGGAAAGAGCUUCAGCAAAAAAAGCAGUUUCACUUCCCAUCAAAGAAUUCACACAGGAGAAAAACCCUAUCAGUGCUUGGAGUGUGGGAAGAGCUUCACCUGGAAAGAAAAUCUCACUUCCCAUCAAAGGAUUCAUACAGGGGAGAAACCCUUAGAGUGCGUGGAAUGUGGAAAGAGCUUCGGUAAAAAAAGCAGUCUCACUGUCCAUCAAAGAAUUCACACAGGAGAAAAACCCUAUCAGUGCGUAGAAUGUGGAAAGAGCUUCACCAGGAAAAAAUAUCUCACUGUCCAUCAAAGAAUUCACACAGGAGAAAAACCCUAUCGGUGUGUAGAAUGUGGAAAGAGCUUCACUGAUAGGUCCUCUCUCACCUCCCAUCAAAGAAUCCAUACAGGGGAGAAAACAUAUCACUGCUUGGAGUGUGGAAAGAGCUUCACCAGGAAGGAAAGUCUCACUGUCCAUCAAAGAAUUCACACAGGAGAAAAACCCUAUCAGUGUGUGGAAUGUGGAAAGAGCUUCACUGAUAGGUCCUCUCUCACCUCCCAUCAAAGAAUUCAUACAGGGGAGAAACCAUAUCACUGCUUGAAGUGUGGAAAGAGCUUCACCAGGAAAGAAAGUCUCACUGUCCAUCAAAGAAUUCAUACAGGGGAUAACCCCUAUCAGUGUGUGGAAUGUGGAAAGAGUUUCAGCCACGGCUACAAUCUCACUUCCCAUCAAAGAAUUCAUACAGGGGAGAAACCCUAUCAGUGUGUUGAAUGUGGAAAGAGCUUCACUGAUAGCUCCUCUCUCACCUCCCAUCAAAGAAUUCAUACAGGGGAGAAACCAUAUCACUGCUUGGAGUGUGGAAAGAGCUUCAGUCACAGCCACGAUCUCACUUGCCAUCGUAGAAUUCAUACAGGGGAGAAACCAUAUCAGUGCCUGGAAUGUGGAAAGAGCUUCAAUCAGAGGGCCCAUCUCACUUCCCAUCAAAGGAUUCAUACAGGGGAGAAACCCUAUCAGUGCUUGGAAUGUGGAAAGAGCUUCACCAGGAAAGAAACUCUCACUUCCCAUCAAAGAAUUCAUACAGGAGAAAACACCUUUCAGUGCCUGGAAUGUGGAAAGAGAUUCAUUAACAGCUCCACACUCACUUCCCAUCAAAGAAUUCAUACAGGGGAGAAACCCUUUAAGUGCUUGGAAUGUGGAAAAAGCUUCACCUGGAAAAUAAGUUUCACUUCCCAUCAAAGAAUUCAUACAGGAGAAAACCCCUUUCAGUGCCUGGAAUGUGGAAAGAGCUUCACCAGGAAGGUAGGUCUCAGUGCCCAUCAAAAAUUACACACAGCAGAGAAGUCAGAUCAGUGUUAGGAAUGUGGAAAGAGCUUCAGUCAAAAAGGAAAUCUCAUUUCAUCAAAGAAUACAUACAGGGGAGGAAUCAUGAGUGCCAAGUGUGUGAUUGGAAGGAGUUAUGAAAGUCUGGUCUCAUUUUUAAAGCUCUUUUUU